CUAAAGAAUUUGGUAUUGGUAAGUCAACUGUUCAGGGCAUUUUAGUAAAGUCAAGUAAGUGGUUAAGUAUAAAUGAAGUAAGUAUAGAGGGAAUGCAAAAGAGAGAACGUCCUAUUAAAUGGCAAUCGCUGGAGGAUGCAUUAUGGUUGUGGGUCGUUAAGCAUGGGGAAGCAGCAAGUGCACCCAAUCAAGAAUUGGUGGAUGAAGAAAGAUUGUCCAUUCAAGAAGAACUGGCUCGAUGGAAAUUAGAUGACAUAUUCAAUGCCGACGAGACAGGCCUUUUUUGGGCCAUGGAACCACCACGUACAUUAUCAGAUCGCAAACUGAGUGGACAUAAAGCAAAUAAGUCGAGAGUGGCAGUUUUAUUGAUUACAAAUGUAAAUGAAUAUAUACCUAUUGAUGAUUACUCAUUAACGGAUGAUGCAUGGGAUGAUGAAGAGAUAAUUGCACGGGCUAUUGGAUUACAGUGUGAUGCGAAAGACGAGUCUAGUGUUAAAGAAGAUAAGAUAAGUUUCAAAGAGGGAGAAACCAUUCUCAACCGGGCGCUGUUAUUUUUAGAGCAGCAGGGGGAUAGUUUUAGU